GUCCCCUUCCCUUCCAUCGUUUCCCUCUGAUUCCUCUCUGUUUCUCCCCUGCGUUUUCCCUCUUCUCUUCAAACCUCCGGGAGAAGAAGAGGCGAUUUCUGGAAAAUGUCGAAUUCGCAUAGUGAUACCGUACCGCUGCACGCUUCGUCCCAAUCGGACAUUGACGAGAUCGAGAACCUAAUCAACGUGAGUGUGCAGUCAGGUCCGGCGACCGUCCUCCCCGCCAGGCCUCCGAGCCCGCCCAGGGCUUCCAUCCCAGUUUCCUCCACCCCCUUCAUUCAGUCCAACAUCCCCCCGCCUACUUCCGCUUCAUCCAAUCAGAAGGUGCCGCCUGUCUCUGCCGCCCCUCCUCCGCCAAUUAACAACUCUACUAGGCCGAAUAUUGGGGUCAGCGGGUUUGGGCCAUCGCCUAAUACGCUCACAGAGCCUGUAUGGGACACUGUCAAAAGAGAUCUGUCGAGGAUUGUCAACAAUUUGAAGCUCGUAGUGUUUCCAAACCCGUACAGAGAGGAUCCUGGAAAGGCGUUGAGGGAUUGGGAUCUUUGGGGUCCCUUUUUCUUUAUUGUGUUCUUGGGGCUCACUCUUUCUUGGUCUGCUUCUGUGAAGAAGUCCGAGGUAUUUGCUGUUGCCUUUGCACUGCUUGCAGCUGGUGCUGUGAUCUUGACAUUGAAUGUUCUGCUACUGGGUGGACACAUAAUUUUCUUCCAGAGUCUAAGUCUUCUAGGUUAUUGUCUAUUUCCUCUGGACAUUGGAGCCCUGAUCUGCAUGUUGAAGGACAAUUGGGUAAUCAAAUUGGUUGUGGUCUGUGUGACAUUGGCCUGGAGCUCUUGGGCUGCCUAUCCUUUCAUGAGUUCAGCUGUCAACCCAAGGAGAAAAGCCCUUGCUCUCUACCCUGUUUUUCUCAUGUACGUAUCUGUUGGUUUUCUCAUCGUUGCCAUUGAUUAAUAUAUCAAUGGAUUCCAUCCCAUGCUACCGUAUUUUUUGACCUGACUCAAAUCAUUGGGAGUUCAGUUUAACCUGCCGAUAUUAUAUGCCAGUUGUAUGAAACCUUUAUAUGCAGUUAAGUGAUACUACUUGUGUUACACCUUUAUUAGAUAUCAAGUUAGGGCUUUUUUGAUUUUCUUUUCUUGAACUUUUUUUAUGACCUCUGCACUGUAAACCAUACAUGAUUCAAGUUGAAUGCAAUGCUCUCAUUUAUGUUUUCAUGAACUUGAAUCUAUAUCUGGUAAUAAUAAUAUGCCUCCAUC